AUGAGCAGCCAAGCAAACAUCACCGAAGUACAUUCAAUCUAUGACACUAUAUUAAUUCUUGACUUUGGAUCACAAUAUUCGCACUUGAUAACACGGCGCGUUCGCGAGUUUGGUGUUUAUUGUGAAAUGUUACCAUGUACUCAAAGGAUCAAGGAACUGCAUUUUCGGCCGAAAGGCAUUAUUCUAUCAGGAAGUCCAUAUUCGGUAUAUGACGAGGAUGCCCCCAGAGUAGAUCCCGAUGUAUUCACGCUAGGGGUGCCCGUCUUGGGCAUAUGCUAUGGCCUUCAAGAAAUAACCUGGAACCAUGGUGGAUCAGUUGUGGCCUGUAGUCAUCGAGAGUAUGGACAUGCGAUGCUAAGUGUAAUAAAGCAUGCCGACCAUCCCGUUGUUGAUAGACUAUUCGAUGGAUUUGAUGGUGAUAUAGAGGUUUGGAUGUCCCACGGUGACCAACUUUCCAAAUUACCAACAAAUUUUCGUAUAAUAGGCCGCACACAGACUGCUCCGUAUGCAGCAAUCGCACAUGAAGAGAAGCUGUUGUUUGGUAUUCAAUUUCAUCCGGAAGUCACACAUACCCCGAGGGGAAAGGAGAUAAUUGGAAAUUUUGUAAAGACUAUAUGUGAAUGUAAAACUGAUUGGACAAUGGCAUGUUAUAAGUUGGGCGUGGGAGACCCAUUUAUUGAAUCGUUUAUUGACAAGGAAAUCGAACGUAUUAGACAGAUUGUCGGAAAAGAUGGAGAGGUUGUCGGUGCUGUUAGUGGUGGAGUAGACAGCACAGUUGCUGCCAAAUUAAUGAAGGAAGCAAUUGGAGAUCGUUUUCACGCAAUUUUGGUGGACAACGGCGUCAUGCGUCUCAACGAAUGCACAACCGUCAAUUCCUAUCUCCAUUCUCAUCUGAAAAUCAACCUCCGCGUAGUCGACGCAUCAGACAAAUUUUUGUCGCGUCUCAAAGGUGUCACUGACCCCGAAAAAAAGAGAAAGAUAAUCGGAAACACGUUUAUUGAGGUGUUUGAAGAGGAAGCGGCAAGGAUCGAUAAGGAGACGAGAAAAAGUGGGAGAAAGAGCAUCGAAUAUUUGUUACAGGGCACUUUGUAUCCUGACGUUAUUGAAAGUGUCAGUUUUAAAGGUCCGAGUGCGGUUAUUAAGACACAUCACAACGUGGGUGGAUUGCUGCAAGACAUGAAGUUAAAGCUUAUCGAGCCACUUCGCGAGCUGUUCAAAGACGAAGUUCGCAGACUAGGCAAAGUUCUCUCUCUUCCAGAUGACUUGAUCUAUCGCCACCCGUUUCCCGGACCUGGAAUAGCCAUCCGCAUCCUCGGGGAAGUGACUCCCGAGCAAGUCGCUAUAGCUCGGGCAGCAGAUCACAUUUACAUCGAAGAGAUUAAGAAAGCGGGUCUGUACAGAGAAAUAGCACAAGCAUACGCGGCAUUGUUGCCAGUGAAGGCCGUAGGCGUGAUGGGCGAUAAGAGGACGUACGAGCAAGUUAUUGCAUUAAGGGCGGUCGAGACUACUGAUUUUAUGACUGCUGAUUGGUACGAUUUUCCACAUACGAUAUUGAAAAAAAUCAGUAGCAGGAUUAUCAAUGAAGUCAAAGGAGUUAAUCGUGUAGUGUACGAUAUUUCGAGCAAGCCUCCGGCUACAAUUGAAUGGUAUUUGUUCUGA